GUUUGUAAUUUGCAAAUGUUUCAGAUUAAUUUGUUAAUAUUCUUUGAAUUUCCAGAAAUCCACUGUUGCGACAAAUCCAACAAAAGCAAAUGCCGAGAAGCCUGCAAAAAUGCGCUCCUGACCACAGUGACCCACCAAGAGGCGAUCGAUAUGUUGGAACUGGGUGGUUGUGGCCUUCCAUUACUGCAGGAUCAAUUUUGGCAAUGCUUCUUCAAAUCGGACGACACGGUAGCUACAUCGGUCGAAGUGUCGCGGAUAGAAAAAGUAGGAAUGGAUUCGGCAAAAUGGCACUGUUGCCAGAAGGCGACAACAACCCACUGUAAAAGAUUGUGUUCGAAAACGUUUAGAAAGGAUUGGUCGACGUCUUGGGAACAAUUUCAUCUGAAAUGUUUGAGCCAAGUGACCGAAGAGUCGCUGCGCAACUGCAUUGAUGAAGUCGAGGAACCGUGCGAAUUGGGAUGCGAUGGCCUCAGCUUUUGCACGAACUUCAAUAAUCGGCCGACAGAGCUGUUUCGUUCGUGCACCCCCCAAGCGGACGAAGCGGCUAGGAAUGACGUCACGAUAUGGAAUAGCCAAAACGACUUGAGCUUACCGGGACUUAAUUUACCGCUCAAAAAUAUUUCGGAAUGUUCGCCCAACACGUGGAAGACUGUCGCGUGUACUCUCCACAUCAAACCGUGCUCUAGACAUUCACACGCGAAUCAGAUCUGUCGCGAUAUUUGUCUAGAUAUUAUUUCGCUUUGCAUCGACUGGACGACCGUACCUUUGGAGCACACGCCCGAGUCGAUUUGCGAUAAGCUGUCGCCAGAACACCCGGACGUCUCCUGCAUAUCCCUGCAGAAUUAUUUGCGACCCGCUGAUAAUGUGUACCAAACGCCGAGCGGGCAAGUUUCGUCGCCGUGCAAAGGGGAUCCGUGCGCUACCGAUCAGGUCUGCAUAGUCAACCGAAAUUGUGUGGGAAGCUCUUGUUCGCCAUACAAGUGCGUGCCCGGUUGCAAAUUGGGGGAGGUGUCCGAGUACAUGGUGCCAGACGGCACUUUCGUCAGAAUACCCAUGCCGAAUAAUCCGAAGGGAUGUCUCCAAAUUUGCAAGUGCAACAAGGGACGAAUAGAAUCGUGCCAACCCCUUCUUUGUGUCCCUCUAAAUCCGUGCGUGGUCGGCAAUGGAGAGUAUAAGGAGCACGGGUCCGUCUACACCAAGGAGUGCAACACCUGCACUUGCUACGCUGAAGAGAACAUCUGCACGAAAAAGCAGUGCCAAGCUAAUUCGGUUACUGGAAAUGAUUCCACAUUUACGACUUUGCCGUGCAAUUAUCCUCCACACUAUAUCCCAGUUUGUGGUAGAAAUGGAAAUACUUAUCCGUCGUCUAGUUUGGCAAAUAUUAACGUCAUACCGCUCGGUUUAAAUGAAGAGGCUACUUUAAUACUAGAGUUUUGAGCAUAAUGCGAAUUUGACUCUUUUCAAAUUAUUUUUUCAAGUCAUUUUUGAACGUAUUUUAAGUGAAUGAGAGAGGAUCGGCUCUUGUGGGCCUCUAUAUCUUUUCGUAUAUGUUCCUUGACUCCAGCUUUAGAAUUUGGAAUAUCCAGGUUUCAUGUGGUAUCUCCCUUGCGGGCCGUGGUAUCUGCGGACUCUGGGGUCUCCAAGGCGUUUUUUUCUAAAUAAAUGCCACGGUUACUCCUGCCGUAUACAGGUUUAUGGAUCUUAUUUAGUUGUGCAGUACAGGACCUAAUUGCAAUGAUUGCACCGUAUUUGUGGAUUGUUCGGUUUUUGAAGCGUUGACAUAAAUUCGUGGGUGUAAGGCAACCUAAUAAACCCGUUCCGGCGUGAUGAACCCUGUCAGUAGGGGCCGCCGGUUUCUCAAUUUUGAUACCCGUUACCGUACCUGUUACCAAAGGAAGAAUGUUGGUUAGGAUUUCUAAGGUCCACGUUAGUGUUGUGUUAUAAGCUGUAGUCAUUCGUAAGAGGAAUGACGCCCUUACCAUUACCUCUGAUUCGUAUAUGGUAGAUCUUAGUGCAUGUAAAUAUAUGUUAUGUGUUACGUAUUUAUGGACUCUGUCACUCCCUAGUCCGUAGCGGUAAUGCAUAGCUGGACUCAAAUAUAUUUAUUUAUUUGUUACUCAGUUGUAAACGUUGAUUA